AUGCAGCAAAUUAUCGGGACUCAGAGCGCGGUGCACAAGUUCGACGGGAUCGAGGAGAGCGAAACUCGCAAGUUACUGAAGAACCUGCUGGACACGCCAGACGACUUUGCAGAGCAUGUGAGACAUAUGACGGGCUCUAUCAUCCUUCGCAUCUCGUAUGGAUACCAUGCCCUCCCCGCCGAAGAUCCCUUCAUCAAGCUCGCGAACAAAGCGACAGAGCAGUUCUCUCUAGCAACUUCUCCGGGCGGAUUCGUCGCCAAUCUUGUACCUCCACUCCUUUACCUCCCCGACUGGUUCCCUGGAGCGCAGUUCAAGAGCAUCACAGCCGAUGAGGAGCUCGACUUGAAGUGGUCAGCCGCGUCGCUCUAUUCUGGCGGUGCAGAUACGACUGUCGCCUCCAUCAACGCCUUCAUUCGCUUCAUGGCCGCCAACCCUGAUGUUCAGACCCGCGCGCAUGCCGAAAUCGAUUCCGUCGUCGGUACCGACAGACUCCCAGCAAUGCCCGACCGCCCUUCUCUACCGUAUGUGAACGCACUUGUAUUGGAGGUCCUUCGCUCGCACGUCGUAGUACCGACGGGAGCGCCUCAUCGAGUGACGGAGGACGACGUCUACGAGGGAUAUUUCAUUCCCAAGGGCUCGCUUAUCAUGCCAAUCCUGUGGUCAAUGCUUCACGACGAGCGCACGUAUAGACACCCUAUGGAGUUUUGUCCUGAACGGUUCCUCGCGUCCGAGGGACGUCAGCCAGAAAGGGACCCAAGGACGAUCUGCUUUGGCUUCGGUCGCCGCAUUUGCCCAGGGAGAGAACUCGCGGAUAUCUCGCUGUUUUUCGCGUGCACCUCGAUUUUGUCCGUCUUCGAAAUCAGCAAAUGGAGAGAGGGCGAUGUAGAAGUCGCGCCUGUCGAAGGACAGAUGUCCGGCUCGUUCAGACCUCGAGAGCCACCUUCGCCCUUCGACCUCGCCCUUACGCGCCCGCGUACCCUCCCCAACAUGAAGAACCACUUCGCGCUCUCGGAGAACAUGCAUCUCAGGUCAUUGUUCAUCGUUGCACCCAAGCUCGCGCGCAUCAUCCUCCCGGGUUCUCAAGAAGGAGACAAUGACGGCGACGUAUUUGUAUCUUUUCGCGGGUCAUGUAUAGAGAAGCUCCCGCGCUUCAAGUCUUCGUCAGUCGAGUGCAACGAAGUUCUGCUCCGAGAGCUGUCCUACCUGCACGUAUGCUAUACCUACUAUAUGCCUGUGACGAUCGACGCCCGGUACGAGCUCGCGGAGUGGAGGGCCGAGGAGAGGAGCGCCCAAGAGUCUCUGCGCGAAUAUCUCGCGUGGAAUCCUGACACCCCGUUCCCCGUCGCCGGAUCACAAGACAGGAUGGACUCUUGA